AUGUCCUUAGACCAUUCUGCUGGUGGUUCAAUCCACAUGAACAACACCAUUGAAGAAGCUCACGAGCUCAUUGAGACAGUUGCUAGCAAUAAGCAUCUGUACUCAUCUAAUGAGACUCCAAUGAAAGGAGAGGUUAAGACAGCGUCCAUUAAGUUAGACCCUCCUGAGCAAAGGUUGGAAGGGCCAGUUAUGGCGAAGGAUUAUUAUCUGAACUCUGUCAUUGUGAACAGUAGUAGGUACGAAUUGUUUUUGGAUGACAUUCCCGACUUCUCUCCUACUCGAGAAAUCAAGUUUGCGAUGGAGUUGAUAAGGGUGAGAGAUGAAGAUAUUCCUAAGACUGCCUUCAAGACUCGUUAUGGUCAUUAUGCGUACACCGUAAUGUCUUUUGGGUUGACGAACGCUCCUGCAGUGUUCAUGGACAACAUGAAUAGAAUUUUACUUGCAGACUGUAUUACAGAUCUUGAAGGAAAAACGUUGUAG